AUGUUGAAGUUCGUUGAGACUUGGAGGGAUGCAAUACGUGGAAUGGAUAUUGUGUUGCUGGAGUUCGGAGUGGGUAUAGAAUUCAUGGAGGAGGAAUAUUUGGUGGGGUUCUUGACAAGGCAUUCCAAGGCUAGUCUAGUUUCUGAGUGUGGCAAGGAAGAACUCCAAACAGCAACUGCACCCACCGGAAGGCAAACAAUGAUGUUUGCAAACAGUGUAAAACGAAGUGAACAGCCAACAAAUCGACUUGAAACCUUCGGGCUGGUGACUAUCAUCAGCCUUACCGCAAUGUCCGGCAGCAACAGUAUGAAGAAGCGCCGUCGCACGGAGGACGUGAGGGCGGACGUGCUUUUGACAGAGAUGCUUGGCGUCACGAGCUUAAUCGACCACCACCAGCACGGCGGAAUGCGCCAGUUGUAUCUCAAGCGCUUCGUCAGAGACCUCGAUACAGCAGCCCUCCUCAUCCUUCUCAUCCUCCUGCACGAACGCCACCAGGUCGUUAUGAAAGGUCGUCAUUUGGCGGACGUGGUGUUAGGGGUGGCCCUGGUUUUGGCGGUGGUGGUCAGCAGUCACCGCCGUUCCGAAAUGCGAGGGGAUCAGCUCGGCAAUUCAGAGACGGACCAAUGCAGAGGCCUGUGCUGCGUAGAUAACUUUCUCGAACGUUGUUGUCAAUCGGUGGUGUGCUCGAGACUCGAUGACAUCGGGGGCGAUUUGUUCACGGUCGAUUUGGAAGACUGGACUGGAAUCUCCGCUGGCAUUGUUCUCUAG